UGCCGUCGAGAUUGUUCUAUCCUUGCUCAACUGUGCAACAUCCGCGCGAUGUAAAGCCCAUUUUCUAGACCGGAAAACUGAGGCUGGAAGACAAGGGACUGACUCGGGGCCCGCGGCGGCACGAAACUGGGACUGCAACCAGGGCGGGGAAAGCCCCGGGCCGCGACCGCUGCGCUUCGGGAGUGGAAGGCUAAUUGUCUCUAACUUACGGUGGUGGAGUCGGAAGCGCGCCCCUCCCCCUCUCCCGCCUGGGUCUUCCCCUAUUGCCCGUGGUGCCCUCUGCUCCUCGCGCCCUCGGAGUCCGGAAAACCGGGUCCCCCGCAGUGUGACCACGGACAGCUUGCCACCCCUUUCUGGCCGCUGGACUUCCAGGGGCACGAAAAGUCAGUGCCUUGGGGAGUUAACCCCUUAUCCCAGGGUCCGGAGCCGGCUUGGGGAAGCCCCGCCCCCUGCGGGAGGAGCGGCUGUUAUCCAGCGGGCCUCCGGCGGGGCGGGGGCAGUGCGCACUCGCGCAUGGCCUCCGGGAGGAGAUGUGGAGAGAACCGCGGCGAGGGCGGCUCACCGGUGACCCCCAGGUCUUGGCCCCUGGGCAGGAGAGGGGCCAUCCACCUUUGAGGCCUGCUCAGUCCUCGGAGAGAGCAUCUAUCCUUGUGUCUGCAGGGCUGGGAACCGAGACCCUGGGAGAGGUGGGCCAUGGGCCCCCCACAGCCCCAGCAUCUUGAGGCAGCGCCUUAAGAGAGCCAAAGGACAGCAUCUGCCCACUCCUUCCAGCCGGAGGGAGGAGCUGAGAAGUGGAGCCCUGAGCCCAGCCCCACUCCCUUCCCCUGCCCUGGGUGGGCAAGGACCAGCUUCUGUGAACAGCCAGAGCUGAUGCCAGGCCCCCAGCGGGCCGGAGGAGUCCCCGCCAUGAGCCUGGGCAAGCUCUCUCCAGUGGGCUGGGUGUCCAACUCGCAGGGGAAGAGGCGGCUGACCGCGGACAUGAUCAGCCCCCCACUCGGGGACUUCCGCCACACCAUGCACGUGGGCCGUGGCGGGGAUGUCUUCGGCGACACCUCCUUCCUCAGCAACCAUGGCGGCAGCUCAGGGAGCACCCACCGCUCGCCCCGCAGGUUCCUGGCCAGGAAGCUGCAGCAGGUGCGCAGGGUGGGCACGCCACCCCGGCGGAUGGCUUCCCCGCCCACGCCCUCCCCCGCACCGCCCGCCAUCUCGCCCAUCAUCAAGAACGCCAUCUCCCUGCCCCAGCUGAACCAGGCCACCUACGACAGCCUCGUGGUGGGCAAGCUCAGCUUUGACAGCAGCCCUGCCGGCCCCACCGACAGCCACUCCAGUUACGGCUUGGACUCUGGGUUCUGCACCAUCUCCCGGCUGCCCCAUCCAGAGAAGCCUCAUGACAAGGACUGUGAUGGUUCCUUCCCCUCUGAGCCUGAACUUCGCCGCUCCGACUCCCUCCAGUCCUUCCGCCUUGACCUUGACCUUGGACCCUCCCUCCUCAGUGAGCUGAUGGGGGUCAUGAGCCUCUCAGAAGCCCCCACAGCUGAGACCCUGGCCUCUACCACAAGCCCCCCAGCCCCUGCUGCAAACCCCCCAGCCUAUGGACCCUGUCCCAAUGGGGUAACCACUGGGUCAGGCCCGGUGGCUGAAGCAAAGGCCAGCCCGGCAGGAGGGGGUCACCGUGCACGAUUGGACGUUGCCUCGGGCAGGUGCUGGGGAGCGGGCUGGUCAGUUGAUCGGGUCAGUUGCCACUACACAAAGGUGGAUGCUCAGCGGGAGCAGGUGGAGGUGCUCCCCCAGGCCCAGGCCUCCUGGGAAAACCUGGAUGAAGCGUGGGGAGCACCCCAGGCAGGUAGCAGGGCCUCUGUGCCCAGUACAGUACAAGCAAACACCUUCGAGUUUGCAGAUGCCGAGGACGAGGAGGAGAUCAAGGUGUGAGUGGCCAGGCUGGAUCCAGGGACCGUAGCCUGGGUCCAUGAAAAGCAGGGUGCAGAGUCAGCCCCUCAUCUGAUGGAAGUGGGUCCUGCCAGACGGAGAUGGGGAGAACCCGAGUUGCCCCUACACCCCUCCACACCUCUGCAGGAUGGACAUGGGAGGAAGGACAGAGGGGACCAGUCUUGUUCUGGGGCCUGGGUGUUCCUAGAGGGUCCCCUCUCCCAGGCUAACCUGCCUCCCCCACUGCCACUGGGGCCCAGGGGCCAUUCCCAAGGUCCCAUCCCCACCCAGUGCCAGCCCCACUGACUGGAGGGCCCAGCCUCACAGUGAGGCCUUUGUGCCGGGAAAGCUGUCCCCACUGGGUGGGGGGCAGGGGACAUGGCACACAGGCCCAUUGUCUGGUCUCCCAAAGGGGCUGCCUGCCCCCAGAUCAUCCUGGGCUGCCUCCUGCAGGGUCCCCGCUAUUUCCCCAUAGCCCUACCCAAUGGCCCAGCUGCAGCAGCCUCAGAAGAAGGUCAGGGGUGACCUCAUGGGAAGGAAUCCCACUUUCCUGGGUACCCCAGACCUGCCUCUGGGGCCUGAUUAAAACAAGUUGUUUUGAUAAAGAUGUUUGGGCACCUGGA